AUUUACAGGUUUGCCAACCAGAAUACUGUUUGAACUUAAUACAACUGUGCAGGCUGACUGAUAUAUCACUGGGAGGAUAAUAUCAGAAAAUGUGGCGUCAAUUGGGCAUCAAUUAUGUACGAUACUCACAAAUUGCAGCGUCAGCUACGCGAAAAUGCUUGAAAAAAGGAUUGAAGAAAGAUGUGGAAAAAUCGGCAACAGCAACCGUGAAAAUUACUCCGUGGGAAAACGGAAAGCCAGUGAAGAAAGAUUGAAAUAAUUCCUGGUCAAUGUCAUCUGCUCCACUGAAUAGUUUUUUUUCGUAUGUUCGUAAUCUCAAAUGUUAAAGGUUUUGUUAUAGAAGUGCCUUUCGCUCGAACUCUUAGGUCUUUUUUGAUCGAUCCGUUGUAACAAUAUAAUUUGCAUUUGAUAAAUUUCUGGUUCCUGUUUUGCUAAUAUUAAUCCCUUGAUGGUUCGAUUUAUUCGUUUCAGUAAUUUAUAAGUUUCUAAUAAGGAUUUGUGCUGUUUAUUAGAUUUUAGUGGUUUUUAGAUUAAUGAGAUUAGUAAUAUUAUUAAUGGUACUAUUAUAAGUUCAACAUCUAACUUUCGUGCUGUUAAAUAUCUUAAAUGUUUGCAAUGCAAUAUAUUAUCGUGCGAUUCGUAUUACGCCGAAUCUUCUUUUUGC